AGUCUUCCGUCUCCCGACCGUUCCGUCUCGACCGGCCCGUUGUCGCCGCCGCAGUUCGCGUCAUAUACCUGCACGAUAUUAUUAUAAUAAUAUAUAUCAUAACAAUACGAUAUACAGCGGUAACGGUAUAGACAGGUGUAUAACACCAAUAACAUAAUAUUGCUACCGCGUUUACUUCCGUCCACCGCGCCGCAGUGAUGCUGCACGGCCGMGCCGGACUUCCCAGCGCCGCCCUGCAGAGACGACGGUAGAACCACUGCACCGAAGACCGCGACCAUUAUUUGCGCAUAUUAUUAUAAUAGGUGGUGCCUACACCCUUUAUAAUAUUAUCUAAUAUAGAUAGGUAAUAGCUCCAUACCUGAAAUUGCAUGUAGGGACGACGAAGACACGACAACGACAAUCGUACGUUAUAAUAUGUGGCGGCUACUGUUCGUGGGAACGUUGCUGCAGUCGACCGGAACCGUCGUCCAGUGCAGGAACAUCAAUCUGAUAUUACCCAGCGUACCGGACGUCCUGCACCCUCCGAUACCGUCCUCCCAAGCCGGAUAUAAUAUAGGAGGAGAUGAUGUGGACGGUCUUCAGUCUGAGGAGGAUAUCGACCCGGAGGUAAGACCAGGCCUGUUUCAAGGGGACAUGGCGAUGAACAACGAGAUUUUCGAUUAUUGGCGGGUCGGCCUACGAUGGGACAUUUUCCCAGAGAAACUCUGGCUCAACCGCACCGUGCCAUAUUUGAUAAGCCCACUCUACGAAACAGAGCACCGGAUUCUGAUAUACCAAGCUAUCAGGACGAUAAACUUUCUGACUUGCGUCAAAUUCGUGCCGUGGACCGGCAAAGAAAAGGACUAUUUGCUGAUAUGGCCGGUGAAAUAUCCUUCUGGGUGUUGGUCAUACGUGGGCCGUUACGGGGGACCUCAAGUUGUGUCCCUGCAGCCACCGGAUGAAACUGGAGCCAAUUGCUUAGGUACCGACGGACGACCUAUUCACGAAUUAUUACACGCUCUAGGCGUUUUCCACGAGCAAUCCAGAUCUGACCGUGAUAAAUUUGUUAAGAUUAAUAUCGAAAACGUCAUACCCCAAUAUCGUUCGAAUUUUGACAAACAGAGUUUGAAAAACACUACUUAUCAGUUUGAAUACGAUUAUGACAGUGUCAUGCACUAUGGCAAAAACUUUUUCAGUGUUGGCAAAGGAAAACAAACCAUUGUUCCGAAGAUGGAAGGUAAAACUAUCGGUCAGAGAAAAAUGAUGAGCAAAACAGACUGCUUGAAAAUAAAUGAUUUGUAUGGAUGUCUUGGAACUCCGCCAAAUUAUAAUUAUAAAUACUAUACAUUAUGUAAUUAUAUGGGUCUUUAAUUGGCAAUUGUAUUUAAUAACUAGACA